UUUGUGGUCUACGAGCUCAAGGUGUAACAUAAACCAAUAACCAUGAAAUUCAUCAUUUUGGUGACCUUUGGCGUGCUGCUGGCACUGGCUGCCGCAGAUGUUUCGCAUUUGCCGCUGGAGCAACUCCUGGAGGAGCAGGGACAGGAGGACCAUGGCUAUGGCUAUGACUAUCCCAAGCCGGUGGUGCCAUUUGUGGUGGUGACCACCACAACAGAGCCACCAACGCCACCGCCAACCUAUCUGCCACCAAAGCCAGUGCCCACUUAUUUGCCUCCUCCGCCACCAACAACGACAACCACAACGACGACCACAACGACAACAACUCCCGCUCCAACGCCAGCACCGACUUACCUGCCACCUCCUCCACCCACGCCUGUGCCCACCUACUUGCCACCUCCUCCACCAAGAACCACAACCACAACGACGACGACGACGACAACGCCUGCCCCAACGCCAGCGCCCAUCUACCUACCGCCACCACAGCCCGAGCCAGAGCUGGAGCCUGAGCCAGUGGAGGAGCAUGGCUACCACUACGAGGCACCUGCCAAGUCAUUUGUGUUCUAGGAAUUCCACUCCAACUGACUGCACUCUGAACCCUGAAGUAUGCCCCCGCUCGACUGUUGUUUGUUUUGAAUCUGUUAGGCCUAGUAUUAUGUAAUAUAAUAAAUGCUGUUUUGUUUAACCCCA